AUGGCAACAAAAGCAGCGAGCAGCGAAAAAUCCAAAACUAUUCUGCCAUCCAUCAGCGAAGACAAGCUUGAUGAUAACCUGACAUCACCAAGAGAUUCCAAACCAAAGAGUUCUUCGAAACGCAAAGAUCUUGUAAACUCGGCAGACCCGGAGGUUGCGGUUUCCAGUGAGGAGCAGGGUAGAAAAGCACCCGGUAAAAAGGAAGCUGUUACUGAAGAGCCCGGAAAAGAAAUGCUGUCGUCCAGAAAUCGAAGAAGAAUAGUAAGGCGAAGUUCUCUACAAACCGGACUUUUAAAUUGUACAGACUCCAAGACAGAGAUGGCUAGAGAAGGUCUGAAAACGCCGAGACGAACUUCUAAAAAGAAAAUACAAGUUGUCAAACCUCCCUCUCCAGAUAUCAUCGAUCUAAGUAACGAAAAAGUAGUACGAGAGUUAAUGCUACGAUUGUUUGAGACUUUAAGGUUAGCAGAGACAGAAACACAGGGGAGCGCUUCAAUGGAACAAGAAGACUGGAAAAUGAUGAAUAAAACCAAAGACAACGAAGCACGCUUACACACUGACUUUGAAACCACGACGAAAUUCCAUCAGCAGAAUGUUAUUAAGUUUCCAAAACUUUCCAGAUCCACAUCGCACUUAGAGGUGUUUUACUCGAAACCUCUGAGUUGGCAACGCUUAAAAAAUGGUCAAACACAACGGCGUAAGAGGUCUACGAAUUAUUAUGCUUUUCGAGAGAGCUUCACCAAGUCGUACCAGGACGAGAGAAAGGAAAUGUAUAACCACGGACAGCUUAGUCAAAUGAUUUGGAACUGCGGUUUCAUUGCACCCAUUAGCACCUCUAGAACGAUGUUGCGUAAUAGAGGAUUUAGCUUUCCGUUAUUGAUGAGACACAGCAAUGCAAUUGUCUCCCCGAGGCUGCUUAAAACGGCACAUGAAUCUCGCAAAUCUGUCACGUUUGCUGUGUAA